AUGUUCUCUCAGUACUCCGUCGCUACCGUCUUCAUGCUGGUCACAGCCAUCACUGCCACACUGGAUCCUGCGACUUCGAACACAAACGGCAGCUACCCUUCAGCUCCCAGCUGUUCACCCAUCAAGACCAGCAAAGCUAUCCAAGCCGCCGAGUGCAGCCACAACACACGCACAUCCAAGCAGACCUUCGCCGUCUUCACUCAAGACCACCAGUACGAUGGCAACCAUGGCUGGCCUUAUGGAACAUGCGAAGCAUACAACUGCGCGCCAGGAUCGGCGAUGAAGGCCAAAGCCGGUACCUGGACAUUCUUCUGGGAUGCAGCAGGUGUAAAGGGUGAGGAGAGCGGUGACGGUGCGGGAUGCAUCAAGAGCCCUAAGGAUAGCACUUGCGGAUGUGAGAACUCCGAUGGUACCUUCGUCUACAAAGGAACCAACUGCAAGUAG